AUGAACUUGCUGCAGAUUAUGAACAUUCUCAAGAGUGAUUCAUUUACAAAGACGGUGUUUACGGACGUUUUACCGUCAGAUCGUUUACCUCACGAAAUACGAAAGAGACCAAGAGGGUAUAUACCUAACACAGAUUCUUCCGAAGGGCCUGGGAAGCAUUGGGUGGCUGUGUAUCUUACAGAAGAUGGGAAAGGGGAAUUUUGGGAUUCCUAUGGCAAAGCGCCUGGAUUUUAA